AGCAGGAACCGGUCUCCCUCCCUCGGUUAUUCAGCGCCUUUUUUUAGACGAAGGUUUAUCGUUCAGCAGCCAACAAGACUCUGUCCCGCGUACCGGCGUGGAAGUUUCCACCCGCACGGCAACCUCCCCAACAACCGCGCCAUCACGUCGCCGGCUCGCCGGCAGUGGUACAUAUACCUCCUCCCCCCCCACCUCCUCCUCUCACCACCACCAGCUCCCAGCACCACCAUCUCCAUCGCCUCCCGCGCUCCAUUUCGCGCCUCGAACCUCGUGCUCUGACCUCCACCGCUGCCAUGGCGCGGCCAGGCCACUCCACGGCGUGGCUCCCCGUCCUGGUGCUGCUGCUCUCCGCGGCGGGCGCGACGGCGCAGAGCUGCCUCUCCGCGACCUUCACGUCCGGCCGCACGUUCCUCAAGUGCAACCAGCUGCCCGUGCUCGGCGCCAGCCUCCACUGGACGUUCCACGCCCAGAACGGCACCGCCGACGUCGCGUUCCGGGCCCCGUCCGGCGCCGACGGGUGGGUCGCCUGGGGCAUCAACCCCAGCGGCGCCGGCAUGGCCGGCAGCAACGUCUUCGUCGCCUCGCACAGCGGCGGCGCCGUGUCCGUGCUCACCACCAUCCUGAGGUCCACGAAACCCGCCCUCGACAACGCCGCCCUCCAGUUCGGCGUGCCCGUCCCGGCCAGCGCCGAGUACGCCGGCGGCGCCUACACGAUAUACGCCACCGUGGCGCUGCCGGGCAACACCACGUCGCAGAACACGGUGUGGCAGGCCGGCCCGGCCUCCGGCGGCAGCAUCUCGCCGCACCCCCUCUCGGGCCCGAACCUCCAGUCCGUCCAGAGGCUCGACUUCCUCUCCGGAACCAGCACCGGCGCCUCCAACUCCAGGCUGCACCGCCGUAACCUCCACGGAGUACUGAACGCGGUGGGAUGGGGCGUGCUGAUCCCGCUGGGCGCCAUGAUCGCGCGCUACCUCCGGGUGUUCGAGGCCGCCGACCCGGCCUGGUUCUACCUCCACAUCACCUGCCAGAUCUCCGGCUACGUGCUGGGCGUCGCCGGCUGGGGCCUCGGGCUGAAGCUGGGCAGCGAGUCCAAGGGGCUCACCUACAGCACCCACCGCAACAUCGGCAUCGCCAUCUUCUGCCUGGCCACGCUGCAGGUGUUCGCGCUCUUCCUCAGGCCCGACAAGAAGAACAAGUACCGGGUGUACUGGAACGCCUACCACCACUCCGUCGGCUACUCCGUCAUCGUCCUCGCCGCCGUCAACAUCUUCAAGGGCCUCAACAUCCUCAAGCCGGUCACCGGCUGGAAGACGAGCUACAUCGUCAUCCUCGCCACGCUCGCCGGCGUCGCGCUCGUCCUCGAGGCCAUCACCUGGGCCAUCGUCCUGCGCCGGCGCAAGCGCAACAGGGCCCACGGCGGCGCCAACGGGACCGGCGUGCAGCUAUAAUCGUCAGGAUGUGUUUGAGCGAUUCCGAUCCAUGUCUUUAUCUUUCGUCUUGCUGCUUUUCUGUAGUAGUAGAUCUUUCUACUUCUUCUUCUUCUUCUUCGACUUCUUUGGUGGCCAUUGUAUACAUUCUUUCUUCGAGCUGAUGUACGAUUACUUUCAUUUAUAUGCAUAGUGUACUGUUUUUCAUUUA